GUUGCAAUCUUCUCUCGCUGAAGUGGAUAAUUAUGAAAAAGAACAAGAAAGAAACGUAAAAAAGAUUCAGAGUUACCUUCCCCCAUCAUCCUUUGUACUUCUUGGUAAUCUUAUUAAAUAUCAUGCUCUUAAGUUCAUUCAUGAAAUGGCAGACAUAUAUCCUAGUGAACAUGAGUAUGAUGAAUCUUCAAAUAAUGGUGUAUUGGAAUGUAAUUUCUAUUCAUUUAGUGUAUUACGGCUACUUGCUGAGAUAAAAAAUAAAAUUGGUACCGGUAAAUGUGAUCUAACUACCCAGGCUGGGACUUCUUAUGCAAAAUAUUAUACCCAAGAAAAAAAUGAGAAAUUGCUCAAAUGGUGCAACUGGCUGUCUUUUAUCUUAUGCUUAGCUGGAUCUUGGGUAUGUGUUUUAGGAGCGGUGUAUGUUGAGAAACCUAUUGUAGAUCCCUUAACGGACCUCAUACCUUUCAUUCCUACAAAUAUUCAAGAUCACGCAGAGCGA